GGCACGCACCGUGGAGAGCCGGGCUGGCCCUGCCCUGCCCCCCCCCCAUGAGCGCGCCGUGGGCCGAGGGCGGGCGGGAACCGGGGGCGACGGGGCUGGUGCCGGAGGCCCCGGGCGGCUGCGGCCUCGGCCCGGGCUGGCUGGGCGUGUGCUGCGCCGCACGCCUGCCCGCCGCCUCGCCCCGCUACCUGCUGCCCGGGGACGAGGAGGAGGAGGCGGCGGAGGGCAGCGCGGCGCGGGGCGGCGGGAGCAGCCCCGGCGGGGCGAGGGGCGCGGCGGGCGGGGGGCGGCCGCGGGGCGGCGGCGGAGCCGGGCUGCGGGCGCAGGUGAGCGGCGUGCAGAAGCAGCGGCGGCUGGCGGCCAACGCGCGGGAGCGGCGGCGGAUGCACGGGCUGAACCACGCCUUCGACCAGCUGCGCAAUGUCAUCCCCUCCUUCAACAACGACAAGAAGCUCUCCAAGUACGAGACGCUGCAGAUGGCGCAGAUCUACAUCAGCGCCCUGGCCGAGCUGCUGCACAGCCCCGACGCCCCUCCCGACGCCCCCGGCAAGGCCGAGCACCGCGGGGCUCCAUUCGAGGCGCCCUGCGCCCCCGGGGCCGGGCCGCCCCCCGCGCCGCAGCCGGGACCGCCGAGAGCCUCCCCUCCCGGGCACGGCAGGACUCGCUUCCCCCCGCCGCCGGCCGCGGGGGGUUACUCGGUGCAGCUCGACCCGCUGCACUUCCCCUCCUUUGCGGAGGGCGCCCUGAUGGGACAGAGAGCCCCUUCCCCCGCCCUCCUCAUGCCGCAGCCCGGGCAGCCGCCGCAGGAGAGGAGCAAAACGUCGCCACGGUCCCACAGGAGCGACGGGGAGUUCUCGCCCCGCUCCCAUUACAGCGACUCGGACGAGGCCAGCUAGGGUGGGGGCGCCGUCCCAGCACCCCCGGGCCGCCCCUCGGAGCCUUGAAACGCGCCCCGUCUUCCUCCCACCCCGGCUGCUCCUCGGUUUGUCCAGGGGAAUGACUGUUAGCGAGUGACUGUACCCGCCCUCGCUGUCAGGGUUGGUCGUAUUUCUUUAUUUUAUCUUUAGUUACCACUUUCAAAAGUUGCUUUUGCCUAGAAGUCGUUGUCGUUCCCUCCUGCCAACACGCCGCUUUGCAGCGCGGAGCCUGAGCGAGCAGACGAUGCGCAAGGACUAAGUUUGGCCCCGAUGCUGCUGCCCGGCGGGCGGGGGUGUCGCCAUCGCCCCCCCCACCCCCUCGAUGUGCACCUGCUCUGACACCCGCGCCCUUCAGUACCCCGAUCCUGCCGCGGGUCGUAUUGCUGUGGAAACACACAAAGUGUAAAUAACGCACCGUCUUGUCCUGUAAAUAGCGGGGGGGUGGGGGGAAAAGGUGAGUUUUCCUCAGCGCACCAUGUCGGCGUCUUUUGGGGUGGGGGGGAACUUGGUGCAAGCACUUUAUCAGCGGCUGGAGAUGGGGUUUUCAAGAGGAAAGCUACUAAUUAACUGCCAAUUGGAGACCAAUAUUUAAUUAAGCCACUUAAUCCUAACGCUUUCUUUAAAACGAAAACUGUUUUGUCGUGUCAAACUUUUAUGUUCGUUUUAUUUUGCUUUUGUGAUAAUAGGAAAUGUAUUUAUUAUGGAGUGUUUGCAACUAUUUCUGAUUCUUUUUUGAAAAAAAAAAAAAAAGCUUUUCUACGACGAGAAUCGUUUAUUUUAAUUUUAGCAAAGCCAGCUGCCAUUGUUUUAUGUAUUUUAAUGUUUUUGAGAUCAAAUAAAAGUGAGGAAAAAAAAUCCCCAACCAGCCUG